AAGAUUUCGACCAAACCAACUCUUUAGAAUGAGUGUCGUUAUUUUAAAAAUGGAAUACGAUUACAUAUAUGUCUAUGCAUCAAUCCGCAACACAGAUCUGAGUGAAGAGAUCGCAGCUGUGACAGAGCGAUUCACCAACGAGGGACACCGUGAAAUGGAAAUGAAGGUCCCACAGUAUGUGACACAAGGAAAUUAUUCUCUGCGAAUUGAGGGGAAAUACGAAGAUGGGGUCGGUGGACCAGUUUUCUACAACGAGACAUCUCUUAUAUUCGAUACUAAACAAAUUUCUGUGUUUAUUCAGACAGACAAAGUGUACUACAACAAAAAUGAUAUACUUCGAUUCCGAGUCAUCCCUGUCUUGCCAAACCUGAUGCCUGUGGUUGGAACUAUGGAUUUGUUCGUAAAGGAAUACAAAGGCGUUGUGGUAAAACGAUGGCUCGCGCAAGCUGUCAAUAAUGGUGUAAUUGAAAAACAGCUUCAACUACAGAAUCCUAUAAAAGACGGCGGUUCAUGGUCGAUUGAAGCGCAUGCGUAUGGGCAUGUUUACUCAAAAUCCUUUAGUGUUUACAGGGUGUAUGUUCAAAGAAUGCUGGUGAAUGUCACGAUGCCACCGUAUGUCAAAGACACAGAAUAUGGUCUUGCUGGCGUGAUACAUGGGGUAUAUUUCCCAAGCUGGUUGCCAAUUAGAGGUAAUGGCACAAUGGAAUUUUAUAUUGAAGGGCACCCAAGGUCUAAUUUCUACGAAACUAUCCCGUUUUUUGAAGAGAAAUAUCAGUUUGUGUUCACGAUGAAUGAUCUGAGAAGACGAACGGGUGUUGUAGAUCUUUCCAAUAAAGCCGUCAAGUGCAUUGCAAGAAUUUACGAUUAUGAAAAGGGUGAGACGAGAGAAGGGAUGUCUACCACUAUCAUCCAGCCUGGAGGGCUGUACAUGUAUUUCGUUGAGGGAAACGUCAGAACCUUCAAACCAAAUAUGCCAUUUGACUUCAACAUUGCAAUAACCCAAAGAGACGGUUCCUCGCCUUCAUUUUACGGGAAAGGUGGCGUUGAUGUCAAUAUCCUGUUCCAACAACAAGGCGGUGGUUCACGAAGAACUAGAGAGUUUGUUCCUCUUCCAGAUGACCAUAUUCUUAGAUUUUCCAUUUUGCCAGAAACCGAUGAUGAACUCAUCACUACAAAGGCAAGAUAUUCUGGUGAAGAUGUAGUUCUUUCAGAAAUAACAAUGCUGUCUUCAAGGACCUACAGUGAGAGAAAUUAUUAUAUCCGUAUUACAUCAUCAACCGAGAAACCGAAGGUAAACCACUAUAUGGUAUUUACAGUAAGGACGAAUGUAUAUGUCGACAAAAUCUACUACCAGCUUGUAUCUCAGAGUAAUAUAGUUGUUUCGGACACUAUCGCAAUGGUGUCACGGCAGAAGACAUUUUCAGUAGCCUUGUCACGUGAUAUGAUGCCAAGUUCCCGGAUGAUAGUCUCGUAUAUAAAGCAUGGAGAGGUUGUCGCAGAUUCUCUUUCUUUCUUUGUUGAAGGCACUGGGUUACAUAAGGUUGAUCUGACAUUGAACCGCGGGAAAGACUUCAGUGGUUCAAUGACUGAAACAAUUGGUACAGCAGAUCCGGGGACCUGGAUGUCAUUUAAUGCCAUCAAUUACUAUUUAUAUUCUCUUGGUGGGCGAAAUUUUAUAACCGAGGAAGAGAUAGAGAAGGAAUUGUUGACAUAUGACAGUCACACAAACGUAAGUGCGAGUGUCACGUGGCGAGCUGAAAACUGGGAGACUGAUAGGAUAUACUUCAAAACACAAACUUAUGGAAUUGAUGCAAAUACAACGUUUGUGUACGCUGGUCUGCAUGUAUUUACUGAUGCCAAUAUGACAACUAUUCCAAAUCAGUGCAAUGGCACCCUUGGGUGGUUGCGGUGUUAUGAUAGCACUUGUUAUAGGAAAGAAAAACUGUGUGAUAACUACUACGACUGUUUAGAUGGCGCUGACGAAAUGGGAUGUAACACUACAAUAGGACAAAUGACGAAUGGACUAGAAUUUAAUAUGCUUAGUGUGGCUGAUAUGCACAGACACAUGCCAUACGUGCAUCCUUUCACAGACGUUUCAUGGUCAUGGACCGGUGCAUUUACAAAACCAACAGGCGAUAGUUAUGCAAUUGUGCACCCUCCGAAGCAGCCAAUCACAUGGGUGGUAUCGGCAGUAUCAAUGAGCAGGGAUUAUGGGCUCGGAGUUGCAACACCACCAUAUGUGAUAGACUUCACAAGAGACUUAUACUGUCAGUGUGAAUAUCCAAAAGUAGUUAAGUUUGGAGAACAGAUAGGGAUCCAAUUGUGGCUGACAAGUAACGCUGAUUAUACUUCUGAGAUUUUAGUUACAUUAUAUGGUUCAGAUGGUUAUAAGUUUGUAUCGGCAGAUGGCAUGGGUGAUACUAUCAGCCACUACUCACCUAAACUCCUGGGUGGUGAUAUCCAGACAAUGGUCAAUCUAUUUCCAGGAGAAUGUAAAUACGUCCACAUGCCCAUAGUUCCUCUGUCUGAUGGAGAAGUUGAUUUCACAAUCACAGCCGAGAAUUUCCGCCAUACUGAAGGAUGUUCUGGUACUAUCGAGAUAGCGAUGGACGGAGUGCCUAAUGGUUGGCAUACACCGUAUUUUGUUGAUCUUGUAAAAUACAGCCAGGUGAUCAUACCCGAUAUUGUCAUCCCUGUACCUGAGAGAUGGAUUGUCCCAGAACAGAGGAACCACCUCUAUGUACCCGGGUCUGGUGCUUGUACAGUGCAAAUUGUAGGGGACGUUAUUGGUCCUGGUUUCUACAGAGAGAAGUUGGAGGCUGAUGAGUUACUAGGGUUACCAAGAGCCACAUCGGAAGAUUACUUCUUUGAAUUUACACAAAAUCUUUGGUAUUUGAAAUAUUUCAAAGCAACCGAUCAACUGACAUAUGAAACGCAAACAACAUCUCUUGAUGCUAUGAAUUACAAUUAUAUGCAAAUGCUUAGACAUAAGCAAGAUGAUGGUGGAUAUGCUAUGUUCUAUAGAGACACAAAUUCGAGUUUAUGGUUGACAGCCCAUUUCUUUAACCAGUUGAAGAACGCAAGGGAUUCUGACUGGGAGAAUCAUUUCUACAUUCCAGUAGAAGUUUUAAAUGACAUGGCGAUGUGGAUGAUAAGUUACCAGAACAGUUCGUGCGGGGCGUUCAUAGAACCUGGGCCUCACUACCUCCGUGCUAUGUUUCCAAAAUUGACAACACUUGGAGGAGUGGAAGGCAAUUGGAACAUAUCCUUAACUGCUCAUGUCGUCAUUGCAUUGUCUGGGGAUUUAGGUCUCACAGGGGAAGCAGCAAGGGCGGCAUCUGCAGCACGUGAUAUUGGAGCUUCAUUUUUGGCAACCACACUUAAUGAUGUAGAGGACGCAUUUGAUCUUGCCAUUACGACAUGGGCCUUACACACUGCAAACAAUUACAAAUCCAUGGAAUUCUUCAGAAAACUUAAAGAGAUUGCACGAGCAGGUACAAUGGACUUAUUUAUUAACUCAUUCAAAUGUAUGUCUUCAGGUGUUGUCUCGCCUACUACAGGUGUUUUUUGCUCUUAAUGGUGAACUCGAAACUUAAUUAGAAGUUACUUGCCAUAAACACCCCUCCUUCUAUCAGUGACGGGGUGGUGGUAAAAG